GAAAUGACAGAAGGAAAUCAUUCCACAGUGACUGAGUUUAUUCUUGCUGGGUUAACAGAGAGACCAGAGCUCCAGAUUCCUCUCUUCCUCCUUUUUCUAGCAAUCUACACAUUCACAGUGGUGGGGAACCUGGGCAUGAUCACUCUGAUUGGACUCAGUUCCCACCUGCACACCCCCAUGUACUAUCUCCUCAGCAGUCUGUCCUUCAUUGAUCUCUGCCAUUCCACUGUUGUUACCCCCAAAAUGCUGGUGAACUUUGUGAUAGAAAAGAACACCAUCUCCUACCCUGAGUGCAUAACUCAACUGUACUUUUUGGUUGUUUUUGCUAUUUCAGAGUGUCAUAUGUUGGCUGCAAUGGCUUAUGAUCGCUACAUUGCCAUCUGUAGCCCCCUGCUUUACAAUGUUACCAUGUCUUCUCAAGUGUGUUGCUGGAUGGUCGCUGGGGUGUACAGCAUGGGCUUGGUUGGUGCCACAGCUCACACAGUCAGCAUGCUAAUAGUGGAUUUUUGCAAGGCUGAUGUAAUAAAUCAUUACUUCUGUGACCUUUUCCCACUACUGGAACUCUCCUGCUCCAGUAUUUUUAUCAAUGAGGUAGUGGUUCUGUGCUUUAGUGCAUUUAAUAUUUUUCUCCCAACUCUAGCUAUACUUAGCUCCUAUAUCUACAUCAUAGCCAGCAUCCUCCGGAUUAACUCCACUGAGGGCAGGUCUAAAGCCUUCAGCACUUGCAGCUCCCAUAUUUUGGCUGUUGCUAUAUUCUUUGGUUCUCUAGCAUUCAUGUACCUGAAGCCCACAUCAGUCAGCUCCAUGGACCAAGGGAAAGUGUCCUCUGUGUUUUAUACUACUGUUGUGCCUAUGCUGAACCCUCUGAUCUACAGCCUGAAGAAUAAGGAUGUGAAAGUUGCCUUAAAGAAUUUCUUUGAAAAAAGAACUUUUUUAUAA